UGUAUUAUUAAUUAAUUUUCAAGUAGAUUGCAGAGUCCUUAUUUAUUCAGCAAGCCUUCAACUUAAUCGCUGUUACUACAUUUGCCUAAAAAAGCAGCUCCAAAAAGUACCUUGUCGUCCUCUGCAGUACCUCUCGGACGCUCGUUGCAACCGUCGACGACCGCUACACAACCAUAGUUUGCCAGCCCUGCAGCCAGCCUUAAACUUAAUCUCUAUCAGCCAGCAACGAUUUAGUCUACCGUGCAGGAUAAAUAAAAAAAAAAAACAGCUCCAAAUAACAUAAAUGGCGGAUGCUAUAGUUUCAGAAGUGGUGGGGAGAAUUGCAACUAUGUUAGAAGAUAAGAUUCGGUAUGAAUUCAAUUUGGUUAGAGGCGUGAAGGACCAACUUCGUUAUCUUUCCAAGAAGCUCAACACUAUCCGAGAGGUGUUGGAUGAUGCUGAAAAGAGAGGAGUGAAUGAAGAAAGUGUCAAAAGUUGGUUGAAGAAGCUCGAAGCUACGGCCUAUGAGAUGGAGGACAUUUUGGAUGAAUGGAACUACUAUUCUCUUCUCAAAGAUAAGAUGGAACCUAAGCAAAAGAUAGGAUGCUCCUUCUUCAGAUCUUCUUGUUUAUGUUUCAAAAAAGUUUCAGUCCGUCGUGAUAUUGCCAAGAAAACUGAAAAUGUGAAAGCUAUGCUUGAACAGAUUUACGAGGAGAGAAAGGAAUUUGAUUUUGUCAUGGCUCCGCCUACAACUGAUCCCGUGCCCACACCUUGGCGAGUGCAAUCCACACCUUUUGUUGACUUGACGAAAGUUCACGGGGUGGAUAUACAUCACAAAAAAGAAGACAUAGUGAGGAAACUAAUGCUUAAUGGUGGUCAUACCCAAGUUUUGUCUAUUGUUGGAACCGGGGGACUUGGGAAAACAACGCUUGCCAAACUUGUUUAUAAUGAUGAACGAGUGAAGGAUUGUUUUGAAUUAAGAAUAUGGAUUUGUGUUUCUGACCCAUUUGACGUGGCUGGGAUCGCAAUUGGAAUUGUUAACAAAGUGGGAAUACAAGAGAUUCCUCCGAAUUCCAACCAAUUGGCACUGGUAUUAGAAAAGCUAGAGGCUUCCAUUUCGGGAAAAAAGUUUCUUCUUGUGCUGGAUGAUGUUUGGACAGAAGACAACACCAAGUGGGAGCCUCUGAAAAUCAGUCUCCAAUGUGGUGCAGCAGGCAGUAAAAUUCUGGUGACAACGAGAAAGGAAACGGUAGCUAAGAUGGUCGGUACCUUAAACGAUGAUAUGUAUCACCCAAAUAAGCUUAGUGAAGAAGAAUGUUGGUCAUUAUUGUGUGACACAUCUCUUCUAGGAAAGAGUAAUAAGGAAUAUGGAAAAUUUGAGGUGUUCGGCAAGAAAAUAGCUAGAAAGUGCAAUGGAUUGCCUCUUGCUGCAAUUGUUUUGGGAACACUUUUGCAGUUGAAGGAUUUGGAAGGAUGGGAACAUGUAGAGAAGAGUGAAAUAUGGCAAUUGGAGAAUGCAAAAGUAGAGCUUUUUCCUCAUUUAGUUUUAAGCUACAAUGAUUUGUCCCCGGCUCUUAAGCGUUGUUUUUCAUAUUGUGCCGUCUAUCCUAAAGAUCACCAAAUUCAUGCAAGGACUCUGAUAGAAGAGUGGAUGGCGCAAGGUUAUCUAGGCUCUGAUAGUGGAAAUGGAGCACUGGAACUCAAAGGGCGAGAGAACUUGAGAAAUUUAGCAAUGCGUUGUUUGAUUCAGGACAUUGAGAAAAGUGAGUCGGGGGAGCAGAUAGAAAGGUGUAAAAUGCAUGAUAUAGUACAUGAUUUUGCUAUGUUUCUUAGGAAGAAUGAUGACAAAGAGAGAAGUUGUCAAGCUUGUGACUCUUCAUUGGUUUCUCAUGUCCAAGAAUAUCGGAGUUUGUGGGACAGAUACUACAAACCUCCUGUUGAUGAAAGAGACGGAAGUUAUAAAGUGUGUGAUUGCAUGAAAAGUCUUAGGGUGUUAAGAAUUGACAGUCAUAAUCUAGUAGGAAUUGAAACGUUAAUUCACUUGAGAUGGUUGGAUUGUAGUUAUAUUGAAUUGCCAAAGGAUGGCCUUGAAAUCAUAUGCAGGCUUUAUUUCUUGCAAACUCUUCUCUUAUCAGAGUGCGGCCUAACAGUGAUACCACGAGAAAUUGGAAAUUUGAAUCAAUUAAGACGACUUGACUUAAGUCAGAAUUUUAUAGUGGAUGAGUUACUAGGGAGCGUGUGUAGUUUGAUUGAAUUGCGAUCUCUUUCCUUAGAAAGGUGCUUUCUAGAAGUGAUUCCACAAGAAAUUGGGAAUUUGGUGAAGUUAAGAGAACUUGACUUAAGUCAUAAUUAUGUAAUGGAGUUACCAGAGAGCAUUUGUAGUUUGGUGAAGUUAAGAGAACUUGACUUAAGUGAGAAUGAUAGAAUGAAGGAGUUACCAGAGAGCAUUUGUAGUUUGGUUGAACUGCAAAUCUUGAAGAUAGAAGGCACUAGUAUCAACUGUGUGCCUGAAGCAUUAGGUGAGUUAAGUAAUCUCCGCACACUGCAACUGCGCAAAAUUAAAGUUGGAAGUCAAUACAACAAGUUGGGUUUUCUGAAAAAAUUAUACCCUCAUCUUACCACCGAAUCUCUAGAUUUGGGAAUCUACUGGAGUAGUAUGAGUGAAAUGGAGGAAUUGGUUGAGGAUGCUCGACAAGCAGAGUUACAGACAUUCCUUCAAAAACUAGAAUCACUCAAUAUAUAUUUCAGUGUUAAGAUGAAUGAAAUGGAGCAAUCAUCAUCAUCAUCAUCAAUGUGGAUGGAGGUAGCAGAAGCUCUCGUGCCUCAUCACAACUUGAAGAGAUUGGUAAUCGGGGGAUAUAAGGGCUCCAGGCUUCCGCAUUUGAUGUCAUCACCCCACAACUAUAUAAAAGAGAUUCAUCUGACUCUUUUGAGUGAGGUGUCAUCAUUGCCGGCUAUGGGGAAACUACCUUUCUUGCAAAUUCUUGAGUUUUGUCAUUUAGAUGAAUUGAUGUUUGUCGGAAGGGAGUUUUUAGGAAUAGAAUCUUCAUGUGAUGAUGUUGUUGUUGCAUUUCCUAAACUCAAGGAAUUGCAUUUUAGUCAUUGCUCCAAAUGGGAGGAGUGGGAGGACAUAACGGAGGAAGAAGAAGAAUCUGCAGCCAUCUCCAUCAUGCCAUAUCUCACUGAAUUGACUAUCUCUAUAUGUGAGAGUUUGAAGAAGCUGCCGCAUCGCCUCCUGCAUAAAGUCUCUUCGUCUUUGCGGAUCUUGAGUAUCUAUGGUUCAUCAGAGCUAUCAAAAACAUACAGAGAGGACAAGGAAGGUCCAGCUUGGAGAUCCAUAUCCCAACAUAAUCCCCAACUUCGACUUUACCCAUAGGUCUAAUACAAAUAUUUAUGCUUUUCUGUUUGUUUACCUUUUUUGAGAUUGAAUUUGGGAUUAUCAUAUGUAUUUUUUGCUUUAAUCAUAAAUUUUUAUUAGAUGGGUACUCUUUUUCCUUCAUGGCAUUUUUCCCUUUGGGUUUUUUGGCCAUGCAGGUUUUAAUGAGGUCCAGCCUUGAGUGAUCGUUAUGUGUUCUCCAAGGUUUAGGUUUUGUUUUGUAUGACGUGAUCCUUCCAAUCGUGUAAAUCAGUAAUAUUUUUAUAAUAGAGCUCUACUUAAACUGAUUGCCAA